AUGUCCAGCCAAAACGAAAGAUCUUUUUCAAUGGUCAAUGUGGAGAUAGAUAAAAUCAUACUGGAAGCUGAAGAAGCAGGCCCUGAAAAUGCUUUGACUUUGGAUUUGUCACAUCUAAAUCUACGAGAAGUGCCGUAUGCACAGUUAGAAAGGAUACAAAAUCGGAUUUCUCGUCUUGCACUAGGCCACAAUUUACUGCGAACCAUCGGUCCAGAGAUACUCAACUUCACAAGGUUACGUUACUUAAAUAUACGAUCGAAUGCGUUUCGUGAAUUUCCAGAGGUGCUUUGCCGACUUGAAUCUCUCGAAAUCCUGGAUAUAUCUAGAAACAAAAUUCGAGAGCUCCCUCAAUCAUUUGGCCAUCUGAUGAAUAUAAGAGUGCUAUCAAUUUCUAAAAAUCGGUUGAUAGAAUUACCCUCGUAUUUUUCUUAUAUGCCAAAUUUGGAAAUCUUGAAACUGGAAAGUAACCAUAUCAUCUAUCCUCCUCCACACAUCGUUAACAAUGAGCUUCAGGAACAUGACAUGCCCAUGUUUAUUGCAAAUAUAAAAGGUUACCUCCUUAGAAAUGAAUCUUUAUUACGAAGUCAUCCAUACAACAAAUCUUCCCCCAAUUUAGUUUCUAAUCAUUACUAUGCUGAUGAUACGGAUAUCCCCGUACCAUCUUCUGCCCCUAUGACUCGUUCAUUGACUACUGUUACCGCUGACCCUCGCCAUUCAUCCCAUUCGUCUCAUUAUUUGACUUCUGAAUCUUUUUUCAAUUCUUCCAACAAUUUUCCAAAAGCAAUUUCCAAUUCUAGGCUUAGUCCUAAAGAUCAGUACGUACCUCAAUCUAUCUAUUCUAGCAACAAUGAACUUCUUUCUACUAUUGGAAAUGAACAGAACGUGUCACCCAUGUCACCAUUUUUAAAUAACAGGCUAGAAGGAAGCAAAAUACAAGCUCGGCCCAAACGCUCUGUUUCUCUUGCAACAGGACUAAGUUCGUCGUCCCUCAGUAAACCGGUUCCUAUGCUAAAUGACCAUAUCCCACAUUCCCCUCAUAAUUCUAAUUUCACAGAUGGAUCUGGACAAAAAACCCCUACUAUUGAAUCCCCUAAUGAGUUUGGUAGCUCUACUCCUACCCUGAAAAGCAUUCCUCACCAGUCAGCCCCACUUGGUCAAUCAACACCGACUAGCUCUCCGGAGAGAAAAACAACAGAACGCAUUCGCAGUAAUAGUAUUAAUGAUGAACUGUACAAUGCUAGAAUGCCUUCUUCAGUAUUGCAUAGAGUCGAGGGAUUGAAAGAACAUCGAAAUAUGACUGACCAUCCACUUACUAGAAACUUAUCCCAUGAUUCACAUUUGCCAGGAGUAAAUCGUCUCAAGAAAGAAGAAUUUCAGGAGGGCACCGAAAAUGUGAAUGCCUAUUUUAGCACAAGGGCUCUUGCUCGAGAACCUAUUACUCGACCAUCCUAUUCAGAAAAAGUUUUGGAAUCUUGUCGUGGCAUUCUUUUUGCCCUGUCCCAAGUUCAACAAAGCAUUCGUCAACAACUACUUUUCUGUAAUAGCCCGAUAAUUCUUGACACCAUGCGCCAUGUUAGUUUUACCACAAACACGCACAUCAAACGAUUGAUUCGAAGUUUCGAAGAGAUUACUUUCAUGAAUGAUGGGAUAUAUAAUGCUAGUCCGGUUAUACACACUUGUCUUGCUUGUAUUGGAUCUUUUCGCAAAUUGAUUGACGUUACCAAAAAGUUUUCCAGCGAAUUUGUAAAUUUUUCAGAUUUACGAUAUACAAGGUUAUUUUUGUUGGUACUAUUUGGUGCUACCAAAGAGCUUCAAAAUUCUUAUCAGCAGCUUUGUUUAGGAGCUCAAGACCCUCUCAAGCAGUCUCCUACAAAUCCUGCUAGAAACAAUCCUCCCAUGUCUGCAACCAGUAGUCGGUUUAAUUUAGAAAAGCCGACCACGGCACUGAAAUCCGAUUUUGCGAAACAACUCCAGGAACAGAUUGAACUAGCAACCAGCAGUGCUACAUCGGUUUUGUGUCUACUGGUUGAAUCCAUAGAAAAAAACACUUUACCUUCGGAUGUUUCUAAUGAAAAUCUUGGAUCCAACACCGUUGCUAAAUUGAAAGAGCUUGCGAUGCUGUCAAAUUCUGCAAGUGAAGUUACAAGAAAGCUUAAAGGUCACUCCAAAGCAUAUCAAGAAAGUUCGAGUGAUGAAAAUGAAUGGCAAAGGCUGUUAGACGAUACACAGAUGUUCGUGAAAUCAAUUAUAGCUGUCGCCAAUUUAGCUAAAACAGUGUCUAGCGAGUAUACGUUUCAGAAGAAUAUCAUUUCUGGUCUUUCCGCUGUUACCAGAUCUACGAAGGACUUGACAAUAUUAAUAUCAUCUUCUUCGCAUCACUCUAACCAUGGAGCAGAUUCUGCUUCGGUCGCAGCAAUGACAGCGUUGUCGCCAAUUAUGAGGGUACCAGCUACACCUUUAUCCGCAGCGUUAGGUUCAGCUGCGCAAUCAAUAACUCCUUUGAUUAUGUCGCCAUCUAUAGUUCCAAGUGGCGGGCAUAGAACAGAUUAUUUUACUGACGGAGACCUGGAGGCCUUACAACGUUGA